AUGGAAUAUAAAGAUCAAGGAAGAACGAAAAGCAAGGAAGAAGUGAAAUAUUGUAUGAGACCAAGUCAAAAGCAAGGCAUUAGGAUACAAUUUCAUCUUAGAGGAAAGUUAGUGUCUAAACCUGUGAAGUGGUAUGUUAACAGGGUAAUUUCUGAAAUGAACUGGGAAUGGAAUAUGGAUUAUGUGUCGUAUAUGAAAUUGAGAGAGUUGAUUCACAAUGAGGGAUAUACCAAUAUUAAGUGUUUAUGGUAUUGGAACCUCAUGUAUAGUUUUUGGUGUGGCCUUAGACCCCUAAAUUCUGAUCAAGAUGUGUUGAAAUUUGUUGCUGAUGUUAAGGGUUAUGAUGUUGUAGAUGUGUAUGUAAAGCACUUAGUUUAUACUCCAAAUAUUAUAGAUGAGGCUGAGCUAGGAAAGGAAGAUGUGGAUGGAAAGGAAGAUGAAAAUGUGGAGGGAAAUGAAGAUGUGGAGGGAAAAGAAGCUGAGAAUGUGGAGGGAAAUGAAGAUGAGGAUGUGGAGGGAAAUGAAAAUGAGAAUGUGGAGGGAAAGGAAGAUGAGAAUGUGGAGGAAAAUGAAGAUGUUGAAUCUAAGAAAGAUGAGAAUGUGGAGGGAAAUGAACAUGAGUAUGUGGAGGGAAAUGAACAUGAGAAUGUGGAGGGAAAUGAACAUGAGUAUGUGGAGGGAAAGGAACAUGAGAUUGUGGAGGCUGAAAUAGGAAAGGAAAAUGAUAAUGUGAAUGGAAAAGAACAUGACAAUGUGGAUGAUAAUGACAAUGAUUCAUUAAGUGAAGGUGCCAAUAAAUAUGUUGCAAGUGAAAGUGACAAUGAUUCAUCAAGUGAAGGUGAGGAUGACUAUGUUACAAGUGAGGAUGACUGA